AGGACACGGCUAUGGCCUUGCAGCGGCUUGUGGAGCUGACAGCGAGCAGGGUGACAUCAGUGAGAAGCCUGCGGGUCCAGUACCGCCUCAUCCGAAAGUUGGGUUCCGGUUCCUAUGGCCGCGUGCUCCUAGCCCAGCCUCGCCAAGGUGGUCAAAUGGUGGCCCUUAAGCUCCUCCGACGGGACUCAGUCCUGAGGACAACUUUCCUGAGAGAAUUCUGCGUGGGCCGCUGUGUCUCUUCACAUCCAGGCCUGCUGCAGACCCUGGGAAGGCCCCUGCAGACACCCCGACAUUUUGCCUUUGCCCAGGAAUAUGCACCCUGUGGGGAUCUCAGUGGAAUGCUCCAGGAGAAGGGCCUCCCGGAGCUGAUGGUGAAGCGGGUAGCAGCCCAGCUGGCCGGAGCCCUGGACUUCCUCCACGGCCGGGGGCUGGUGCAUGCAGACGUCAAGCCGGACAAUGUGCUGGUGUUCGAUCCUGAGUGCAACAGAGUAGCCCUGGGUGACUUGGGUUUGACCCGCCCCGAGGGCAGCCCAGCCCCUGCUCCCCCGGUGCCUCUGCCCACCGCACCCCCUGAACUCUGCCUCCUGCUGCCGCCGAACACGCUGCCCCUGCGGCCAGCUGUGGACUCCUGGGCCCUGGGCGUGCUUCUCUUCUGCGCUGCCACGGCCUGCUUCCCUUGGGAUGUAGCCCUGGCUCCGGAUCCUGAGUUCGAGGCCUUUGCCGGUUGGAUGACCACUAAGCCCCAGCCACCUCGGCCACCAGCACCCUGGGACCAGUUUGCACCCCCAGCUCUGACCUUGCUCCAGGGACUUCUGGACCUGGAUCCUGAGACUAGGAGCCCUCCGCUGGCUGUCCUAGGUGUUUUAGGGGAUGACUGGGGGCUGCAGGGGGCUGGAGAGGGAUCUGGAAGCUUAGCGGUUGUAUCCUAUAAAGAUGGGGAGGAAGAGGAGGAGGGGGGAUCGAGUUUGGAGGAGUGGACAGAUGAGGAGGAAGACGGAAUCAAAGAUGGUGGGAGGCUGAGGGCAGAUAAUAGAGCUUCCUGACCAGGUGACUGAGACAGGUGGUCAGCACCUGGGCCAGAGUCACCUGUCAGAGGCCACCUGGGAAAGGCAACAGCUGUUACUGAGAGAAGACAGAGCACAAUGCACUUCACUUUUCCCCCAAUGAAGGCUGGCCUUGGA